CACUGAAAGCUUUAUACCCCGAGUGUUUAGUACAAUGGAGGCCAGUACAAUCCUCCUAGCUUUCAAUAACAUUUAUAUCACCAUAUUCGCAUUGUUUUUCUUUAAACUGUUGAUCAAGAUCUCAUUGGCUUUGCUUACUCAUUUUUACAUUGUUAGGGGCAACAGGAAAGAAGCUGCCAGAAUAGCAGAGGAGAUCUACGGCAUUGCUCAAGGCUCUUGGGCUGAUAGAUCCCCUCUACAUGAGGCAGCUUUUCAUGGGCGUCUUCUCUCUCUUAAAACCUUAAUUGCACAGGGAUUCAAUGUAAACAUAUUAACCAUAGACAGAGUUUCUCCUCUUCAUGAAGCAUGUCUGGGCGGCCAUGUUGCGUGUGCAAAAGUAUUACUAGAGAACGGGGCCCAUGUAAACAUAGUAACUGUAGAUGGCAUCUCACCUCUGUACAAUGCUUGCAGCUAUGGAAGUGUUGCUUGUGUUAGCAUGCUAUUAGACUACAGGGCUGAUCCUGAGCUAGAAACUCAACUGGCAUUCCCACUUCAUGAAGCAGUUAUACGAGGUCACAGAGAAUGUGCAGAAAUACUUAUUGCCUAUGGACUCGAUAUAAAUAAUGAAAUUCAAAAUCUUGGUACACCACUUUAUGUUGCCUGUGUGCACCAGAGAACAGACUGUGUGAGAAAACUACUCGAAUUAGCUGCAGAUGUACACAUUGGAAAACACAGGGACACACCACUGCAUGCUGCUGCUAGGAAAUCAAGUGAAGAAAUAGUUAAGUUGCUGAUCAACUAUGGCGCUAAUGUGAAGUACAAAAACAUGGAAGGAAAAUAUCCUAUUGAACUCGCAGCACCAAGAAGUCCAGUAGAACAAGCCCUGUUGUUUGCAGAAGGACCUGCUACUUUGACUCAGCUGUGUCGUCUUUGCAUUCGAAAAUGUUUGGGAAUGUCCUGUCUUCACAGUGUUCCGCAGCUGAAUUUACCAGAGAGAUUGAAACAAUUUCUAUUGUAUCGGUAGAACUCUAGGAAUGACCUCUGUACAUAUGUAUAUUAUUUAAUAAAAUAUAAUCAAAAUAAACAAAA